GCGCGCGCCGGUUGCUGAGAACGGUGAAGCUCGGAGUCUUUAACAGAACCGGUGGGAUCAGAGUGUUGUGGAGGGGCUGAAGGACAGGUUUAUUCUGUCUUUUUUUUGUCAGGAUUUUUUUUCACCAGGUUGGAACAGAAUUGGACGAUAUGUGGUUUGUUUUUCGUGUCUGUCACACGCCACACUUUCUGCACGAGGCUGUGUAAAAGCUGGAUGUGUUCUCCUUGACCGCGCCGGUGAUCUGGUUCUGAGGAAGGGGGUCGGAGUGGUGGGCUAUGCAGGAUCUGAGGUUCUCUACGCCUGGUCCUGGGACUGAACAGAGAGCCGCGUUCUGCUAGUCUGACACCUCCUUAACCAUCACCGCACCGCAGCGGACCAGUCCGCCUCCUGCGCCGCUCACUGAAAGGACCACAGCGCCGGUUUUGCGCUCGCCGAUAUGAUCCAGUGCGCGGGCUGCGAGAGGCCCAUCCUGGACAGGUUUCUGCUCAACGUGCUGGACCGAGCCUGGCACACCAAGUGCGUGCAGUGCUGCGACUGCAAGUGCAAUUUAACGGAGAAGUGCUUCUCCAGAGAGGGCAGGCUCUACUGCAGGACAGACUUCUUCAGGCGCUUCGGCACAAAGUGUGCAGGCUGCUCGCAGGUCAUCUCCCCCACUGACCUGGUGCGGAGGGCACGCAACAAAGUGUUUCACCUCAACUGCUUCACCUGCAUCAUGUGCAACAAGCAGCUGUCCACAGGAGAGGAGCUCUACAUCCUGGAGGAGAGCAAGUUUCUCUGCAAAGAGGAUUACUUCAGCAACAACUCCCCACUAAAAGACUCCACACAGCUCUCAGCAGUGACCGCCUGCAGUGAGCCCAGUCUGUCUCCUGACCCGCAGGACGUGCAUGAGGACGGUAAGGACUCGGAGGCUGGUCAGCUGUCCGAUAAAGAGACGGGCAGCACGGAGAACGACGAACAGACUUCCGGUACCAAACGGAGAGGCCCGCGGACCACCAUUAAAGCCAAACAGCUCGAGACCCUCAAAGCGGCCUUCGCGGCCACGCCCAAGCCCACGCGCCACAUCCGGGAACAGCUGGCACAGGAGACCGGCCUCAACAUGAGGGUCAUACAGGUGUGGUUUCAGAACCGGCGCUCGAAGGAGAGGCGUAUGAAGCAGCUGAGCGCGCUGGGGGCCCGUAGGCACGUGCUGUUCCGCAGCCCGCGGAGGAUGAGGGCGCUGGGGGAGCGCAUGGAGGCCACAGAGCUGAUGGCUAACGGACACUUCACUUACUACGGAGAUUAUCAAGGUGAAUACUACGGCCCAGGAAGCAACUAUGACUACUUCCCCCAGGGUCCUCCGUCUUCACAGGCUCAGACCCCAGAUGAUCUAGGCUAUGUUUCCUUGUCUGGCCCCACAGGCACCCCUCUGGGGAGCAUGGACCAUCAUCAUUCGGCUCAUCACCCGGCUGCUGAGAGCCAGUGUUUCGGGGAAAUGGUAACACACCACCCCGGGGACUCCCCCAGUCCGGAGCCCAGCGGGCCUGCCUCCAUUCGCACCAUCUCCACAGACAUGGGUGUCCCCUUCACCUCUGUAACGUCACUCAGCACCAACGGAUACACCAACCAGCUCUCCCAGCCCUCUUCAGAAAUGAGUGAAGGCACUGUAUGGUAGCCCAUGGGCAUUAUGAACAUUCAGGCCGAAGAAACGCAACAAAACGGACUCAGGUUUUAGGGUGGCCUGGAAAUGUACUUUUUCGGUUGUGAUCUUAAUAUGGAUGUUUCAAUAAGUUGAUCUAUGUAUUUAUAUAUUUAUUUAUUUUGUUUGGUUUUAUGUUUAUUUAUUUAAUAUAUUUAUAUAUUUAUGUCAAUAAAUACAAGCAGGCCACUGUAUUGCACCACUUUAAUUGGUUUAUUGCGAAUUUAUAUUUGUGUAUUUAUGAAAUGAAUGUCAAAAAGGUGUACAAGCACCCUACAGCAGCACUGUUGAUUGUCCUGGCAUAUUAUAGAAGACAACAUUUAUACACUAUUUAUGUUUGUAAUAUAUCAGUUUAUCAUGUAUCAUAAUCAAAGAUCGCAAAGCUGAUUGCCUUUUGCGGUUUUGUUAUAUCAACUCCGAAAUGGAAUCCCUUCUUCAAACCCAAAUAAACAUGUAUGUAACUGGGCAGUUACAUUAUUUCCCAAGUUUCACCAAAUUUCAGAGUUUGUCUGUAAAGGUAAAACCUAAAACAGAGUUCUAAACCCUUUAUUUGAAAUAAAAAAGGCUUGAACUGUAAGACAAAGUCUACCUUAUGAGAACAAUUUCAGCUGUGACCUGUAGUAGACAAAAAGCAGUCAACUGUUUACGACUAUUUUCUUCAGGGGUUUAAAUAUCAGCAUUAUUUAAAAAAAAUCUUGGUGCAGAUGAAGAAUGAUUACUUUUUUUUCCUCAAGCGAACAACCAAACUUUUGUAUUCAUUCAGUUUAAAUUUAAGUUGUGAUUCACUGUGCUAAUUUGUAUGAUAUUGUGUUUGCACAAUAAAAAAUAAAAA